AUGGACAUUCUUGAAGAACAUGAUGUUGGCGUUAGGCUUCCAGAGGGGUUAUCAUUAUUGUUACACCAGGCCCAGGCCAGAGGAGAGGUUCAUGGUUUAAGGGUGGCGAGAGGUGCCCUAGCUCUCUCACAUCUCUUGUUUGCGGAUGACAGCCUCCUGUUCUUUAAGGCAAAUGUUGGUGAGGCACAGGCAAUUAAACGAUGUCUUACUGAUUAUGAGAAGCUUUCUGGCCAGACUAUUAAUUAUAAUAAGUCGAAUAUAUGUUUUAGUAAGAACACUCAACAGGUGGAGAGAAAUGUGGUGGCGACGGUUUUUGGGGUUCAUCAGGCACAUAACUUUGGAAAAUAUUUGGGGCUGCUAGCUUUUGUGGGGAGGAAUAAGCGGGCAGUGUUUGCUUAUGUGGAGGAUAAAGUAAGGAAAAGAAUAGGCUCUUGGAAUAAAAAGCUUUUGUCUCGGGCAGGUAAAGAAAUUUUACUCAAAUCAGUGGCGCAGGCAAUGCCAACAUUUACUAUGAGUGUGUUUUUGUUACCUGACUCGUUAUGCAAGAACCUGGAACGUGUUAUGAAUAGAUUUUGGUGGCGCAAUGGAAGGGAUGGAGGGGGAAUACAUUGGCUAGCCUGGGACAAGUUGAGUGUACCAAAGAAAUAUGGGGGCCUAGGUUUUAAGGAUUUGAGAGCUUUUAAUGUGGCUAUGCUGGGUAAGCAGGGCUGGAGAUUUUUGACAGAUCCCAAUUCUCUGGUCGCAAGAAUUUUUAAGGCAAGAUAUUACCCGAAUACAGAUUUUUUGAAUGCCUCAGUGGGGAAUAACCCAAGUUUUCCAUGGAGAAGUAUAAUGGCUGCCCAGGGACUCAUUAAUCGAAAUGUUAGACGAAGAAUUGGAAAUGGAGACUCAACUUUAGUUUGGGGACACCCGUGGUUGAUGCGUGGAUCUGAGCCAAGAAUAUUAUCAAAAAAGCCUGCUCAUCUUGGGGAAGUUAAAGUUUCAGGAUUAAUUGACCCAACAUCAGCUACCUGGGACACACCGUUGCUUAAUGAGCUAUUUUCGGCGGUGGAGGUGGAGCAGAUUUUGGCUAUUCCAAUUAGCCCAGCCUAUGAUGAUAUGUAG